UCACAAAAACCUUUAAAUUUCAAAAUUUGAAUGAAACCGUAACAGAAACCAGAGCCAUUGUUGAUCUUUAUAAGUCCCAAAGAUCCUAUCUUUUUCUCAAAAUCUUCCAAACCCAGUGUUCUUUAUCAACAGUUUCUCUUAAAAUUUGCUUAAUCACUCAAGAAAAACAAUUUUAAAGAUCAUCAAAGGUUUCUAGUUGCAGAGGAUCAUCAUUAUCAAUUGAUCUUUCAUUCUUGAAUUCGAGAUUAUACCAAAGAUGAACGAUUUAAUGACUAAAUCGUUCCUUAAUUACGUAGAACUCAAGAAACAAGCCAUGAAAGACAUGGAAUUUGAUCAGCCAGAUCUUGAGAUGGGUCAAUUAGACCCUACUGAUGAGAAAAACUUGUCAAGAUUCUUUGAAGAAGUGAAUUUAAUCACUACUGAAAUGGAAGAGAUCACUAAUCUCCUUGUUGAUCUUCAAGACCUAAAUGAAGACUCAAAAUCCACUCACAGUACUAAACUACUGCAAGGAAUUAGAGACAGGAUAAACUCGGAUAUGGUUACCAUUCUUCGAAAAACCAAGAACAUCAAGUCGAGAUUGGAAUUGCUCGACAAGUCUAAUGCAGCGAAUCGGAGUUUGUCAAUGGCUUAUAAAGAAGGUACCCCGGUUGACAGAACAAGGGUUUCGGUGACUGAUGGAUUGAGAGUUAAGUUAAAGGAGAUGAUGCAUAAUUUCCAAGCAUUGAGAGAAAAAAUUCUGAAAGAUCAUAAAGAGGGACUAAAAAGGCGGUACUAUAACGUGAUGGGGGAGCAUCCGAGUGAUGAAAUGUUAGAGAAGAUGUUGUCGGGAGGCGGGUUGAUGAAAGUGUUUGAAGGAAAAGCAGAGAUGGUGUUGGAGAAUAGGGAGAGACAUGAAGCUGUGAAGGAGAUACAGAGAAGCUUGACUGAGUUGCAUCAAGUUUUUCUUGACAUGGCUGUAUUGGUGGAGACACAAGGUGAUGAAAUCAACAAUAUUGAAGACAAUGUUGCUCUUGCUAAGAGUUACAUUAAUGGUGGAACUAAUGGAUUGUACUAUGCUAAGCAAAUGAAGCAGAAGAAAUUUAAUUGGGGUUGCUGGCUUGGGAUUGUUCUGCUGAUUCUGUUGAUAGUUCUUGUUGCCACACUAGCUUCUUAAUGACUUAGGUUUUAUUUUUGUUGCCUUAUAGGAGAAGUUUUGUUCUUGUGAAGUGGUGCUUAUGUUUCUGUCAUUUAGGGUUAAUCUGUUUUUCAACUAAUUGAUUACGGUAAAUUGGAUCGAAUGAUUAGUUACGGUUUUUGAAUCCGUUAUUAUAUGUUUGCUCUAGUUUUUGUUGUUUAGGAUGAGAGAUUGCUUAAGAUACAAAAGUAAUAUCAUGUUGCCAUUGUUGGCCAGCAAGUUUAUUGAAUAAGUUGAAUUUGAA